AAUGUUUUCAUCAAGGGCCGCGCCUCGAAUGUGCAUUUCCAGACCGUAUUCGUCUAAUUGACCGUCGCAAUUCCUAAAUUACUGCUGUCGAUUGGCACCAGAACACGGUGCGGCUGAAGAGCCCCCAAGAGGUGCCAACGGACGUGCAUAAGCACUAACCCACUUCCUUGGGUUUGGAUUGUAGAUGGCCGUGGGUGCUAGUAUCGAAUACACGUACUUAUUAGAUAUGGGGUCUCCUACUUUUGAUUUUGAUUCUACCGUACCUUCUUUCGUUCUGGCUUGCUCUUGUUCUAUUGUGCGAUUUCUGCUGGUCGAUUUUCUAUUGCAUUUUCCAUCGGUAUGGGGCAAUCACCCACGAAAAUAACCAAGCAAUGGGCAGAUGGCCCUUUUCAGCUUCUCGAGACUCCUCGAAAGCUUCGUAACAUCACAAACCUGAAGACAGAGCCAGGAUCCAUGAAUGCAGCAACAGAGAUGUGCUUGAUACACAACGUCUUCAUUCGCAUCAUAAACUGUAUCUACCUGCAAGCACGGAAUGUCAAGAAUGACAAGGAUGUCGCCGACUUUGCAAUCUUCAUGCACGCCUUGUGUGUCACAAUCCACGAACAUCAUGGCAAUGAAGAGAAGUACUUCUUUCCUUGGAUGGAGAAAACGAUUGGGGUGGAAGGAUUCAUGGAGAAGAAUGUAGAUCAACAUCAUGCUUUUAAUCCUGGGCUGGAUAAGUUUGAGGCGUAUGUUGAUGCGUUGAUGGCGAAGAAGGAAAAGUACGAUGGAGAGAAGGUCAUUGCGUUGAUCGAUGGAUUUGGGACGACAUUGACAGAUCAUUUGAAGGAUGAGGUUCAGACUUUUGUCGAUCUGGCUCAGUAUGAGAGUAAGAUUGAUUGGAAAGUCUGGAACAAGAUGUUACAAGAUAUCGCAUUAAAGACCGCGGAUGUGAACUAUGAAAUUCCAGUAGUAAUAACGAACUUCGAUGUUCCAUUCGAGGAACCGUACCAUCAAGCUGUUUGGCCUGCCAUCCCGUGGCAUGUCUCGUUGAUAUUUCGAUGGAUAUAUAUUCCCAGACAUAAGGGUGCUUGGAGGUUCUCGUGCUGCGAUACACACGGGUAUCCAAAGGAAUUGGAGUUUGUUGAUUAGCGGUCUAAUGAUACUUGGCCUUUGAAGGGAACAAUGUGUGCGUCGGAGAAAGGCAUGGCGUCAAGCGUCCUGCCACUUGUAUGUAUAGUAGUAUAGUAGUAUAGUGCUGGGUCAAGAGCAUCUGUCUACCUUUCUUGGUACUUUCUAGGCAAUUAUAUCUUUGACUGGUGCUUGGUACGUGGACGAGGACGAGGACGAGGACGAAGACCAAUAACCU